AUGAAUCGACGCCGACUAGCUUUGAUCUUCGGAAAUGAGGACUACAGUGAUGCAGCAAAAUUAAAAAGUUGUGUUAAGGAUGCAGAUGAUAUGGCAGCUACAUUAACUAGCUUGGGUUUUCAAUGUACAAAAUAUCAUAAUUUGAAUAAACGUUCUACGGAUAUUGCUAUCAGAGACUUUUGUGCAACAAUUGAGGAUGAUGAUUGUAUUUUAAUAUAUUUUUCUGGACAUGGCAUGGAAGCAUACCGUUCUGGAAAUAAUCUUUUAAAUAUUAUUAUUUUGGACGCUUGUCGAUUUGAUGAAAACAAUGAUACCUGGAAAAUAAAAGCUAUUAAUAAACAACCACAUCUUAAAGCAGCAUUUGGUAAUGCAUUAACACCACAUAUUAACAUACCAAAAGACUCACAAUUUGCUUUAAUAUUUUCAUCUGACCCUGGUACAGUAUCUUACUCUGGUGAAGAAGUUGUACCAGUUUCAGACAUCAGUUUCAAUGCCAGAUGGGCACAAUGCGGUGUUACGGUAGCUGGCGGCAAUGGUCCAGGCAAUGAACCGAACAAAUUCAAUCAACCUUGGGGUUUCUAUUUGGACAAUGAUCAAACAUUGUAUAUCGCUGAUUUAAGAGGUUUUCGUAUUAUGGAAUGGAAGCCUGGUGCAACCAGUGGUCGAGUGGUAGCCGGUGGAAAUGGAGAAGGCAAUCGUGAUGAUCAGUUGAAUUUGCCUGUAGAUGUGACCAUUGACAAAGACAACGAUAAUUUCAUCAUUUCGGAUUAUGGAAAUCAACGAGUGAUGCGAUGGCCUCGUCAAAAUGGCACAAAUGGAGAAGUAAUCAUUCCGAAUAUUAAUUGCUGGGGUGUUGCAAUGGAUGAUCAAGGAUUUCUCUAUGUUUCUGAUGUAGGAAAUGGUGUAGUAAAACGAUUCCAAGUGGGAGAAGCAAAUGGAACGAUAGUGGCUGGUGGUAUGGGAGUGGGUGAUCGUCUCAAUCAACUCAAUACUCCGGCUCACAUCUUCAUCGAUCAUGAUCAGUCUGUCUAUGUAUCAGACUCAGGAAAUGAUCGUGUGAUGAAAUGGGUUAAGGGUGCAACAGAAGGAGUUGUUGUGGCUGGUGGUCGAGGCAGAGGAAGUAAUCUUAGACAACUGUCGAAUCCUCGAGGAGUGUUUGUCGAUUCAUCGGGUACAGUUUAUGUAUCAGAUCAUUGGAAUCAUCGAGUAGUGGCUUGGCCCAAAGGAAUGACAAAGGGAAUUAUCAUUGUUGGUCAAAGCGGUCAAGGAGGCGCAACAAAUCAAUUGAGUUUUCCCUUUGAUUUGUCAUUAGAUCAAUCUGGUAAUCUCUAUGUUGUUGAUGAAUGGAAUAGCCGAGUCCAACGAUUUGAUAUCGAAAAGAGUUGA